CUCAAACGUGCCCGUGCUGCUAUAAAAACAGAGGCCGGCUGCUUCCGCCAAAGCCACCCUCGGCUGAACAAUACAGUACGUGCGCUCGUUCGUCGGCGACGUGAGCUCUGUGCGAGAUGGCGGCGGCCGAAGGUCUCGAGCGGAUCAAGAACGAGUCCGUCGACUUGGAGCACAUCCCGGUGGAGGAGGUGUUCGAGAACCUGCAAUGCAGCAGGCAAGGCCUGACCACCAAGGACGGCGAGGACCGGACGGCCAUCUUCGGCCCCAACAAGCUCGAAGAGAAAAAGGAGAACAAGUUCCUCAAGUUCAUGGGCUUCAUGUGGAACCCGCUCUCCUGGGUCAUGGAGCUCGCCGCGAUCAUGGCCAUCGCGCUGGCCAACGGCGACGGGCGGCCGCCGGACUGGCAGGACUUCGUGGGCAUCAUCUUCCUGCUCUUCCUCAACUCCACCAUCUCCUACCUCGAGGAGAACAACGCCGGGAACUCGGCGCAGGCGCUCAUGGCGAACCUGGCGCCCAAGACCAAGGUGCUCCGGGACGGGCGCUGGAGCGAGCAGGACGCGGCCGUGCUCGUCCCCGGCGACAUCGUCAGCAUCAAGCUCGGCGACAUCGUGCCCGCCGAUGCCAGGCUCCUGGACGGCGACGCGCUCAAGAUCGACCAGUCGGCGCUCACGGGCGAGUCCUUGCCGGUCACCAAGAACCCUGGGGACUGCGUGUACUCGGGCUCCACGUGCAAGCAGGGGGAGAUCGAGGCCGUGGUGAUCGCCACCGGGGUUCACACCUUCUUCGGCAAGGCGGCGCACCUUGUCGACAGCACGAGCAAUGUCGGCCACUUCCAGAAGGUGCUCCGUGCCAUUGGGAACUUCUGCAUACUCGCCAUCGCCAUCGGCAUGGCCGUCGAGAUCAUCGUCAUGUACUGCAUCCAGCAUAGACGGUAUCGUGAGGGGAUUGAUAAUUUGCUUGUGUUGCUCAUUGGAGGGAUCCCGAUUGCCAUGCCGACGGUGCUGUCGGUGACCAUGGCCAUCGGCUCGCACCGGCUGUCGCAGCAGGGAGCGAUCACCAAGCGCAUGACGGCCAUCGAGGAGAUGGCCGGCAUGGACGUGCUCUGCAGCGACAAGACCGGCACGCUCACGCUCAACAAGCUCAGCGUCGACAGGAACCUCAUCGAGGUGUUCGCCAAGGGUGUGGCCAAGGACCAGGUGCUGCUGUUGGCGGCCAUGGCGUCCAGGGUGGAGAACCAGGACGCGAUUGACACGGCCAUGGUCGGCAUGCUCGCCGACCCCAAGGAGGCCAGGGCCGGCAUCCGGGAGAUCCACUUCCUCCCCUUCAACCCCGUCGACAAGCGCACGGCGCUCACCUACGAGGACAUCUCCACCGGCACCUGGCACCGCGUCACUAAGGGCGCGCCGGAGCAGAUCCUGGAGCUCUGCGAGUGCAAGGAGGACGUCAAGAACAGGGCGCACGCCAUCAUCGACAAGUACGCCGACCGCGGGCUCCGGUCCCUGGCCGUGGCCAGGCAGGACGUGCCAGAGGGAACAAAGGAGAGCUCAGGAUCGGCAUGGGAGUUCGUGGGCCUGCUGCCGCUGCUGGACCCGCCGAGGCACGACAGCGCCGAGACCAUCAAGCAGGCGCUCAACCUGGGCGUCAACGUGAAGAUGAUCACGGGCGACCAGCUUGCCAUCGCCAAGGAGACCGGCAGGAGGCUUGGCAUGGGCACCAACAUGUACCCGUCCUCGGCGCUGCUGGGCCAGUCCGUCGACGAGUCCAUCGCGUCGCUCCCCGUGGACGAGCUCAUCGAGAAGGCCGACGGCUUCGCGGGCGUGUUCCCCGAGCACAAGUACGAGAUCGUCAGGAAGCUGCAGCAGAUGAAGCACAUUUGUGGGAUGACUGGGGACGGCGUCAACGACGCGCCCGCGCUCAAGAAGGCCGACAUCGGCAUCGCCGUCGCCGACGCCACCGACGCGGCACGGAGCGCCUCCGACAUCGUGCUCACCGAGCCAGGGCUCAGCGUCAUCAUCAGCGCCGUGCUCACCAGCCGGGCCAUAUUCCAGAGGAUGAAGAACUACACGAUAUAUGCCGUGUCCAUCACCAUCCGUAUCGUGCUGGGUUUCAUGCUUAUUGCGCUCAUCUGGAAAUUUGAUUUCUCGCCUUUCAUGAUCCUGGUGAUCGCCAUUCUGAACGAUGGCACAAUCAUGACGAUCUCCAAGGAUAGAGUGAAGCCCUCGCCGCACCCGGACAGCUGGAAGCUGCCGGAGAUCUUCAUCACCGGCAUUGUCUACGGGACUUACUUGGCCGUGAUGACGGUGGUGUUUUUCUACGCCAUGACCAGCACCGACUUUUUCAGCGAGACUUUCCAUGUGAGGUCACUGAGGGGCAACAAGGACGCCAUGAUGUCUGCCCUGUACCUGCAGGUGAGCAUCAUCAGCCAGGCCCUCAUCUUCGUCACCCGGUCACGCAGAUGGUGCUUCAUGGAACGCCCUGGCUUCUUGCUCUGCUUCGCCUUCGUUGUCGCGCAGAUCAUUGCCACCGUCAUUGCCGUGUACGCGAACCUGGCGUUCGCGCACAUCAGGGGCAUCGGUUGGGGAUGGGCCGGCGUGAUCUGGCUCUACAGCCUCGUCACCUUCGUCCCCCUCGACUUGUUCAAGUUCGGCAUCCGCUACGCGCUCAGCGGCAAGGCAUGGGACACCCUCUUCGAGAACAAGAUCGCCUUCACCAGCAAGAAGGACUACGGCAAGGACGAGAGAGAGGCCAAGUGGGCGACGGCGCAGCGGACGCUGCACGGGCUCCCGACAACGGAGGCUGACAACUUGCAGCAGGAGUGGGGCAGCUACGGAGAGCUCUCGGAGAUCGCCGAGCACGCCAAGCGCAGGGCUGAGAUGGCGAGGCUGCGGGAGCUCAGCACCCUGAAGGGGAAGGUGGAGUCGGCGGUGAGGCUCAAGGGCCUCGACGUCGAGACCGACAACCACCACUACACCGUUUGAUCGGUUGUGCAAAGUCGACAGCGAACAUCUUCACGGUACUGCCUGCGCAUUUUCAGCAGUGGUACCGAGAGACGCUGCCUUUGUAAAUUUUAUUACAAUCUCUAUACAUAGCUACUAAUAAUAUUACUAGUCGGAUGACUUGUGCUAUUCGGUCAUUUUAUCUUUAUUUUGUCAUUGAUAUUGUUAAUAUUGGACACAUUAAGCAGUUUUCUAUUUACUAAUCGAUAAAAUGUUUUAUUGGACACAUAAA